AGUGGAUCACAGAGAACACCAAGCUAUAGUUAAUAGUAUCAUUUUGUUAUCUAAGCCUAGAGUAACAAUGUAACUGAAGAAAAAACAUUAGAAAAAUAUCAAAACUUGUUGAAAAUGAGUGAGUCUGGAAGAAUAAAACGGUAUUGCGUUUUUGGCUGCGAUGAUUUAGGUGCACCCAUGCACAGCUUUCCCCAUCCAGUAAGAAGACCAGAAUUAUUUAGAACUUGGUUAUCAAUUGUUGGCGACAGGUUUAAGGAGACAGACCCACUGAAGAUUUAUAGGAAUAAGAAGAUCUGUGGCCAUCACUUUACAUCGGACCAAAAAGUGGCCUGUCAUCGAUUAAUGUAUGAGGCUGUACCGUCUGUCAAUUUAGAAGCUGCAGUAUCUAAAUCUUCUUGCAUCCUGGAAAUAGAGCACAAUUACUGUAUACCGAAUUCAUUUCAACAAAAUCAGUCAAAUAACAAAGAGCUCGGCCAGACGCCCGAAAACAUUUUCUCGUGGCAGACAGAAGAGUUGAUAGAAGCAGAUUCUGAUGAUCCGACGACGCCGGUGCCCGAAGAAUCAAAGUUACCCGACGACGUCGUGACGCUGUCCUUGUUCUGUGACUACGACACGCCCAUACAAUCCGAGCCCAGUGCACCAGGCAAGUCACUUUUUAUGUAA